UUCCACAUGCUGAAAUUGUGUUUCUUCCUCUGUUUGAUAUACUGGGUGAGAUCAGAUGACGAAGAAAAAUGUCCCGAAUUUACAGACCUUAACCUAGGCCAUGCUAUUUCUGGAACAGAGCUCCAUGUUCAGCUACUCCUGUACACAAGGAAAAAUCGAGAUUGUGCUGAGAGACUCAUUGAACACAAUGUUACUGCAUCUGAGUACCUGAAUACAACCAAGAAAAUUGUCUUUGUUAUUCAUGGCUACAGGCCAACAGGGUCUCCUCCAGCAUGGCUGGGUGACAUGAAGAGGCUUUUACUGUCUUCAGAGGAUAUUAAUCUCGUUAUAGUUGAUUGGAAUCGUGGUGCUACCACUGUGAUUUACAGAAAUGCUGUGGAAAACUGCAGAAAAGUUGCAGAAAUACUGAAGAAUUAUAUUGACCAGAUGCUGGUGGGUGGAGCUUCUCUUGACUCCCUACAUUUAAUUGGAGUGAGUCUUGGUGCUCAUAUAGCUGGAUUUGUUGGCCAGAAGUAUAAAGGCAAACUUGGCAGAAUUACAGGUCUGGAUCCAGCAGGCCCUUCAUUCACUGGAGAACCGCCAGACCACAGGCUGGAUCCUACUGAUGCACAGUUUGUGGAUGUGAUCCAUUCAGAUAUUGAUGUACUAGGUUUCAAGAAGCCUUUAGGAACCAUUGACUUCUAUCCAAAUGGAGGAAUGGAUCAGCCUGGUUGUCCAAAAACAUUUUUCAGUGGAUUGCAAUAUUUUAAAUGUGACCAUCAGAGAUCUGUCUUCCUCUUCUUAGCAUCUUUGAAAAACUGGUGUGACAUGAUAACAUAUCCUUGUGACUCUUACUUUGAUUACAAGAGAGGAAAAUGUAUGGAUUGUGAUGCUUUCCAGCCCAUGUCCUGCCCAGUAAUGGGUUAUCAUGCUGAUAGAUGGAAAAAGAUGUUGAUACCAUAUAGUUCACCAACAAAAGCUUACUUUGAUACCUCAGGCAAAGACCCAUUCUGCAUGUAUAACUAUGUAUUGGAAAUUAUUACCUGGAAUAAAAGCACUAGGAGCGGUUUCAUUAAAGUUAAAAUAAUGGAUAAUGCUGGAAACACAGUAGAGUCACAGAUGAGUAGCGAAGCUUCAACUUUUCAGCAAUAUAAAAGUGUCAAAAUACUGACUGGAUUUCCCCGAGACAUUGAAAAAAUUGUAAAAAUGUCCUUGACCUUUACUACGAAGGCUUUAAUAGGCCCAAGAAGAAAGCUUAAGGUUCUUCAGAUGAAGCUGAAAUCUGUCAAUAAUCCCACAAGGCCUCAGCUAUGCAGAUAUGAUUUAAUACUGGUGGAGAACACUGAAGUGAUCUUCAAACCUAUUCCUUGCCCUAAGAAGGGUACAUGA